AUGGCGGCUUCCGCGCAACUGCUCUUCGACGAGAAUGGCCAACCAUUCAUCGUUAUGCGAGAGCAAGAGAAUCAAAAACGAAUUACCGGCAUUGAAGCUGUCAAGAGCCAUAUUCUUGCUGCUCGCGCCGUUGCGAACACUCUUCGCACUUCUUUGGGACCCCGUGGUCUUGACAAGAUGCUCGUUUCCCCUGACGGCGAGGUAUGCAUCACCAACGACGGCGCAACCAUUAUGGAGAAGAUGGACGUGCAGCAUCACGUUGCCAAGCUUAUGGUGGAAUUGUCAAAGUCUCAGGAUCAUGAAAUCGGAGACGGAACAACCGGUGUCGUCGUUCUCACCGGUGCCCUUCUUGAGGAGGCUGAGAAGCUUAUCGACCGUGGAAUUCACCCCAUCAAAAUCGCCGAUGGAUUCGAUUUGGCGUGCAAAAAGGCGCUCGAGACGCUUGACUCGAUUUCGGACAAGUUUCCUGUUGAGGACCGCGAACGUUUGGUCGAAACCGCGCAGACAUGUCUUGGAAGCAAAAUUGUGAAUCGCUCGAUUCGCCAAUUCGCCGAAAUCGCUGUCGACGCUGUGCUGUCGGUUGCCGACGUUGAGGCGAAGGAUGUGAAUUUUGAGAUGAUCAAGGUUGAGGGAAAAGUCGGUGGACGACUUGAGGACUCGAUGCUUGUCAAGGGAAUCGUGAUUGAUAAGACGAUGUCGCAUCCUCAAAUGCCCAAAGAGAUUAAGAACGCCAAGGUCGCCAUCCUCACCUGCCCAUUCGAGCCACCAAAGCCAAAGACCAAGCAUAAGCUCGAUAUCACCUCGACGGAGGACUUCAAGGCGCUUCGCGAGUAUGAGCGUGAGACAUUUGAGACGAUGAUCAAGCAGGUGAAAGAUAGUGGCGCGACUUUGGCGAUCUGCCAAUGGGGAUUCGACGACGAGGCGAACCAUUUGCUGCAGGCGAACAACUUGCCGGCGGUUCGCUGGGUUGGUGGUCCUGAAAUCGAGCUACUCGCGAUUGCGACCAACGGCCGAAUUGUGCCGAGAUUCUCGGAAUUGACCGAAGCCAAACUAGGAACUGCGGGACUCGUUCGCGAGAUCACCUUCGGAACUGCCAAAGAUCGCAUGUUGUCGAUUGAGCAAUGCCCGAACGUCAAAGCGAUCACCGUGUUGGUUCGUGGCGGCAACAAGAUGAUUAUUGAUGAGGCAAAACGCGCACUUCAUGAUGCUUUGUGCGUCAUUCGGAAUAUUGUUCGCGAUUCGCGCAUCGUCUAUGGCGGUGGCUCGGCGGAAUUGGCGGCCGCCAUCGAGGUCGCCAAAGAGGCCGACAAGAUUGAUGGAAUCGAGCAGUAUGCGUUCCGCGCGUUCGCCGAUGCGCUUGAAUCGAUUCCGAUGGCUCUUGCGGAGAACUCAGGAUUGUCGCCGAUCGACGCGUUGUCGGACUUAAAGGCGAAGCAGAUUGAGCAGAAGAAUUCGCAUCUCGGAAUUGACGCCGUCUUCGCCGGCACCAAUGACAUGAAGAAGCAGAAGGUUAUCGAAACCCUUUUGAGCAAGCGUGAGCAGAUCUCGUUGGCGACGCAGGUUGUUCGUAUGAUUCUGAAAAUCGACGACGUCCGUGUGCCAGACGACGAAAAAAUGCAAGGCGGUUAUUAA